AUGAGUUUCUACGACAAUUAUUAUGUUUCUGGUGGCUAUGAAAAUGAAGAAAUAGAAAAACAAAAAGUUGAUUUCAUUCCAACUAGUAGAAUUACAGUUAUUCCAAAUGCAACAAAUUAUCAACCAGAUGACAUUUGUGAAUUAUUAAUACGAGCACCAUUUAGUCCAGCUAGUGGUUUGGUUAUACUAGAUUGCGAUGGUCAAGUUUCACAACCAAUACAAUUUCAGAUAGAAUCUGGUAAAGAUUCAGCGAUUGUUGAAUUUAAAAUCUCAAAAGAUUGGAUACCAGGAUUUACAGUUCAUGCUGAAUUAGUAGGUUCAAUUCUAAGAGAAACGAAAGUGAUUGAUUCACUACAUCGCCCAGCAAUCGCUACUGGUUCAGUAUCAUUAGAAGUAUCAAGAGAUAUUUAUAAAUUAAAUGUUUUAAUUAGUACAAAAGAAACAGAUAAAACGUUUACACCAUCAUCUAUUAUUCAUAUAGAUGUUGACGUUACACAAUAUGUGGAUAAUGCAGCCGUGGGCAACACAGAAGUUUGUUUGAUUGUUGUAGAUGAAGCAGUUUUAUCAUUAACUGGUUACACAUUACUGAGUCCAUUAAAUAUAUUUUAUCCUGACCGAUCGGCAAAGGUACGGCGAUAUCAUGGUAGAAAUCGUUGUUUACUGUUCAAUAGUCAGGAUAUAGAAAAAUUUAAGAAAGAUAUACAAAAAGGAAAUAGGUAUCACAGCGAGGAAGGCAUGAGGCAUAUGCAAUAUGCAUUGCUCGGCAGUGGUUCGGAUGAUGAACAGAAAAUAGCGGUUCGGUCAAACUUCAAUCCCUUAGUAUGUUGGAUACCAUCAGCAACCACCGAUUCAUCAGGACAUAUUGCAUUUGAAGUUAAAUUAACUGAUAAUCUAACACGCUAUCGUGUAUGGGCAAUAGCAACUAAUGAUAAGCAAUAUGGUUUAGGUGAAACAUCAUUUACUGUUCAGUUACCAAUUAUGAUUCGACCAUCACCACCAAGAUUUCUUAAUUAUGGUGAUACAGCUCAUUUCUCAGUUAUUUUACAAAAUCAAACUGAUUUAUCAUUAUCAUUACAUGUUGGCUUAAGAGCAAGUAACGCUAAAUUAUUAACAUCAGAAACAAAUCAACGAGGAAUUGGUUAUUCAAUUGUAUUACAAGCGAGUAAACGAGUUGUUGUUACAUUUCCAGUUUCAACAAUUCAUUCUGGUACAGCUCGAUUCCAGUUUUUACUUACCACCGAUAAUAAUAAAACAUGUGCAUCGUGUAGUGAUUCAGUCGAAUUAAGUUUACCUGUGUUUACGCCAGCAACGUCUGAAGCACUUUCAACAUAUGGUGAUAUACGUGAAGAAGAAGUGAUUUUACAACCAAUAAAGACACCAACAGAUGUUAUUCCACAAUUCGGCGACUUAUCAAUAACAACAAGUUCAACAGCAUUAGCUUCAUUGACAGAUGCAAUUAUUUCAUUGUAUACAUAUCCAUAUGAAUGUACGGAACAAAUAAGUUCAAGAUUAUUAGGUAUACAGGCGUUAUGGGAUGUUUUAGCAGCAUUUCAUUGUAAAGAAUUACCUGAUGUCUCAGUGUUAAAAACAAAAUUAGAAUCGGAUAUGAAUAUCCUAAAAGGUCGUCAAUAUUCGAACGGUGGUUUCGGCUACUGGACAAAUCGAAAUGACUCUUAUGCUGAUCCAUAUAUGAGUAUGCAUGUUGCCCAUUGUUUAGCCGUUGUUAUAAAUAAAAAGGUACUGGAUGUUAAUGAGAGUCUGCUAAGUAAUGCGUUAAAAUAUGUUGAAAAUAUAGAAUCUGAAAUUGAUCAACUACCAUAUAGUAAAUAUUGGUCCGAAAUAACUCGAUAUAGUUUAAUAAGUUAUUCACUAUAUGUUAGAACAAAACAUCGUCGCAAUGUGGCUGGUGAAGCUUCACAAUUAUUUAAACGGAGUGGAUUCGAUAAACUUAGUUUAGAAGCAUUAGGAUGGCUAUUAGUAGCACUAUUCACUGGUGAAAAUAAUAAUAAAGAUCAAACAGUUGAAAUAAUAUACAACCAUUUAAAAGGUAAAGUAAGUGAAACAGCAGAAACAGCUAAUUUUAUAACAUCAUAUGGUGAUGAUGGUCAGUCGGUCAUGUUACAUUCAAAUCAACGAACAGAUGCUGUAUUAUUAGAGUCAUUUUUAUAUAUUGAUCCAAAGUCAAGUCUAUGUACAAAAUUAUGCAAAGGUUUACAAGCACAUAAAGUGAAAGGUGCAUGGAAAUCAACACAAGAAAAUUGUUUUGUAUUAGUUGCAUUAGAAAAAUAUUUUCACAUGAAAGAAGCGGAUACACCAGACUUUGUUACGAAUAUUUGGCUUGAUAGUGAUUAUUGCGGUCAACAUCAAUACAAAGGUCGAAUUACAGACACAUACACAGUGAAUAUUCCAAUGAAAGCAAUCUUGUCGCCAACAUCAUCAUUCAAUACGAUUGACAACAAUAAGAAUCUAAUCAUGCAAAAAGUUGGUAAUGGCCGCUUAUAUUAUCGUAUCGCAUUGAAUUAUGCUUCAUCAAGCUUACAAUUAAAUGCAGUUAAUUAUGGUUUUAAAAUUGAACGAACAUAUGCAGCAGUCAACGAUUCAUCACAUGUUCAGAAACAAUCAGAUGGUACAUGGAAAUUGAAAUUAGGUGAAAAAGUUAAAGUCAUAUUAACAAUGGCAACAACACAACGACGAUAUCAUAUAGCAUUAGUUGAUUAUUUACCAGCUGGUUGUGAACCAUUAAAUACACAAUUAAAAGGUACAUUGACAGGUGAUACGAGCUCAUCAGUAUCAAGGGCAAGAGAAGCUGAUCAUUACUAUGGAUGUCGUCCAUA